CCCCUUUGGCCCCAUUCCUCCCGAGUCUCGACCCACACGAUUCGUCGAUUCCCUUCAUCCCCACAACGCACCACCUGUGGUGACGACUAGGGUUCAUCGCCGCCACCAUCUCCGGCCGGCCUCCUCCCCCUCUAGGCCAUCCCCUCCCCAGAACCCCGCCCUCCCUCCACCUGAUAGACGCACCAGGGAUUCUCCGACGACCCCUCCGACAGGUCCUCGCUCAGGAGAGGGGAAAUCAGAAAUUCGAGCUUGCCCAGGAUGGUCAUGCAGGAUCCGCACAGGGUGCGGGAGGAGGUCACACCGCGCCUAGCCGAAGCCUUGCGCAUCCUAGGGCAGCAGGUUGAUCUCCUGAACCUGCUCGACCCUCGCCUCCAGGCCUGCGCUCAGCCCUCACCGGCACAGCUCGCCAGCCACCGAGGGGAAAACCAAGGCGACGCGCGGCAGCUGAGGGUCAUCAUCGCCGUCCUCACCAACUCGAACCCACAUCUGAAUGUCGUUGCUGACCUACUCUUGUCCGCUCUGAAGCGCGCUCUGGACAGCGGCGCCACCCGCAACCCGCUACCCUUCCUCGGCCACAGCCACUCCCAGGACCAGAUUAUGGACUACCUGCUCACUAUCCCACGCACGACGCAUGCCAGCUUUCACCCCAACCGCUUCCCUGUAUCCAUCCAUAUCGCUCUUGCAUCCAUGCGCCUGGCGGUGGACUAUCACCUGGACAAAUGCAUCUGCAUCCUCCGCCGUAUCGGCCUGCCUGACCGCACCGCGCUGUAUCAGCCCGCCGACCAUGCCAUGGUAGAGGCACGCAACUACCUGGCACAGGCGAAUCUCUUGCUCUCUAGGGUGCAAGGCCACAUCUUCGAUGCACUCUAUGGCCACAUGCUAAGAUAGGAGGCAUGCAGAUGAUCAAGUAAUAGAAGUUUGACCAAGAUUUGUGUUGUUCGUCAACUAUGGAUGACUGUCAAUCAUCAAGACUGAUCGUUUAGUUUCCAUGCAUGUUUUCUUCCGUGUUCGGUGAUUUGAGGCACCAUAUCUUUUGUGCACUGUCGUUGCUGGUAAUGGUAGUGACCACGUGGUGAUCACCCCUUUGCAUGUUAGUUGUUACUAUGCUAUGUUGCCGAGCUCGGUGAGAGCUUUGAACUAUCUUCACUAAGUGCAUGUUCCAUGAGAGAGGGUUAUUUUGUACAUGCAAGUGCUUUCCAUUGAAUCCUUCCUUGUAACCCGAGACUCGCUAAUAUUCCCUUAAUCGAGUUGAAUCUGAGUAGUACCCUAGCAUUUGGUAUCA